CGUCACUCGUUGUCUCUCUGUUUUCUCUCAUGCUAAUUCUCGCUCUCUCUUCCCUCCUACUCACCGCCGCUUCGACGAUGUCCGCUGUAUACACGAGAAUCCUCACCAUGACCUGAAACUAAUGCAUACCACAGUGACUUCCUCGUCAUGAGUCAUUCCUUCUACUUCUUGAACACUCAAGCCAAACCACCCUCACCACCAUCAUGUCUGCCGCGUUGGCAAGGGCUUGUGUGCAGCACCAGCACCCACCCCCACACAACAUUGCUGCUGAUGCUCUGAGGGCAUUCUUGAAAUCACAUCCCGCUACUUUCUCUCAGAAACGCACCUACUCAGCCCAAUCAGCCCAGAGCCCUGACCAUGAAUCCCAUCCCCGCCAUCCCAUUGAGCCACCCCACCAAAGGAAUUGGCCGGCUGAAAGAGAAAGACUCAGAUUGGAAAAUAGAGAAUUCUUCACAAGCCUCCUCAGUUCUGCUGCCACGAAAAGAGAUGCCAAAGCCUACAUCACUCGGCUGAAGAACCCAGAGAAAGCCAUCGUACCCUCAGCCACCCCUACCAACCCUGCUACUCGCCCUGCCCAAACCCAAGUCAACCUGGGUGGCUUGUUUGGCCGGGCACGAGCAGUUGAAGAAAGUCCCAUCUUCUCUCACAACCAGGACAACAUCGAUUUUGCUCUGGAAGAACAGGAGACUCUGCAUGUCGCCCUCAUCAAAAUCAGCAACAUCACGUCCAUGUCGGAUUCCAUUGUUGCUGGUAUUGCUAGGACUCUGUCAUCCUUGUCUCGUUUGAGCAUGGCACCCUGCGUUGUUGUCGACGAAUCGGAUACUUCAAACCAGCCCCCAACCCGCCAACAGGUCUCAGCUGCAGCUGAUAGACUUGUCUCUGCGAUAGAGAGCUAUAGUCAAUCUGGUGCCAGGAUCAUUGAUAACGCCUUGAGCCUCGGGUCGGAUGGCCGGCCGCGUGUCUUCAUGCGAAGGCUACUGACACGUCCGCUGAGAAGAGGGAGGAUUCCCGUUGUUGUGCCCAUUGCUUACUCAGACCAAACCCAUCAGGCCAUCAACAUAACUGCCGACCAGGCUCUCGUUGCCCUGGUUCGAGAACUCUCGGGUUAUAUCCAACCCCGAGCCAUUACCCCUGACCAGCAAGCCCAGUCAACAUGGAAGCCCAUCUCUGUCGACCGUAUCAUCGUUGUGGAUGAAACAGGCUGUAUCCCAAGCACCAAAUCAAUCGACAAAAAACAUGUCUUUGUGAACCUGUCUCAAGAGUACUCUGCCUUGCAAGAGGAACUGAGAAGUUCAACAGAUGGCAAAGUCUCGGUGAGACAUGCGAGCAACCUACGCAUGUUCCGAGAUGCUCUACAAUUACUCCCUCAUACCUCUUCAGGUCUCUUGACUACCCCAGCCGCAGCCGCCAACAUAGACAAGGAGCCCACCAAAGCAAUAUCCUCCGUCGGCACCAGACGACAAAAGAACCCUCUCAUUCACAAUCUACUGACCGACAAGCCCGCCUACUCGUCCUCCCUCCCUAGUGGAAGACUCGCCCAAGACACCUCCUCCUCUUCCACAACCAUGUCAACCUUUAUAAAAAAAGGCAUGCCAUUGAUCAUUCUACCCCACCCGGAUGCCCAAGUCUGGAAGGCCACAAGCACGCCUCGACUCAAACUCACUGAUCCGCGCAUCGAUCUCAAACGACUCACCUAUCUGGUGGACGAUUCCUUCAACCGUCAACUCGAUGUGGAAGCAUACCUGAGACGGGUUAAUGAUCGAAUUGCGGGAGUAAUCAUCGCGGGCGAAUAUGAAGGUGGCGCCAUUCUCACGUGGGAAACUCCUCCUGGCGCCUCGGAUAAUGACCAUUCCCGCCUGGUCCCCUAUCUCGACAAGUUUGCCGUGCUCAAGAAAAGCCAAGGUGCUGGUGGUGUAGCAGAUAUCGUCUUCAAUGCCAUGGUGAGAACAUGUUUCCCCAACGGCGUAUGUUGGCGCAGUCGCAAGGACAACCCGGUUAAUAAGUGGUAUUUUGAACGAUCCAGGGGGACUUUCAAGAUUCCUGAUACUAACUGGACCAUGUUCUGGACCACCCCAGAUCUCUUGCUGGAUCAAAAUAGACAAACUUUUCUUGACUAUGAAGGAGUUUGUCGAACGGUGAAGCCCACGUGGGCCGAUGGAAAGGUUGUUGUUGAUUAGGAGACAACAAUGAAGACAUAAUAAUACAGUAGUAGGUACUGUAAAUACCAGGUAAAUCAGUAGUACUG